AUGCACCUCGCCCUCUCGCUGCUCGAGCACUUCAAGGGGAAACCCAAAGCAGCCAUCAUCAACGUCUCAUCGAUCCUCGGUUUUGUACCAUUCUCUGUCAUCAAUCUAGUUUACAACGGGACCAAGGCGUGGUUGCACUUUUGGAGCGUGAAUCUGCGGACACAGAUCGCGUGGGCGGGACUAGCAGAGAAGACCAAGGCUGGUAGAGGUACUCGCUCUACAAACCCGAGUAUCUAUACUCCAUCCAGAUUCGUCGCCCAAGGAAGGGAGGAGUGUAUAAAACCAAUAAGUGUGGAGACGCACUUGCAUCGGGAGCGGGAAGACCCUGACGACAACAAGAAGAGAAACAAUUCGAAUGUUAUGAGCAUCGAAGAGUUCAUGGAUGAGGUCUCGCGGAAACUGGAGAGCGGGGAGGAGAUGGUUGCUCUCGGGAUGGCUUCGGGUUUCGUGGACAAGUCGUAUGCAGCAUAUGGAGAGACGUAA